GUCACACCUGCUGAUGGUUCUUGGUUCUCGGUGUCAAGUCCACAUCCUCUUGUCUGGACUUGGACUCUUCUUCUUCUCCACCCCUCAGGAUGAAGCUGCCACACGUGUCAUGGCUGCUGCUGUCCUCCAGCCUUUGGAACGCUGCACAGACCACUCCGCAGUCUUCCUCUGAUGCCAGACCGGAUGAAGACCAGAGCACCGCCGGGACUCAAGAUGGACGUCAGCUGGCUGCAGAUGUCAGGGAGGACAACACUGAAAGUCCACCUGAGGGAUGUCAGGUGUCCAACCCCGGAGCAGGACUGGAGAGUGAAGCCAGACUUUGUAUGGAGCAAGUCAACAAGAUCCUGCAGAGUGGAAACAUCAGCAGCCACUUCCUAGCCAUGGAGCGGCUGGAGAAAGUUCUGGAGCAGACGGCGGUGAGAGAAACCACGUUCCUGUCCGUGGGUCACCUGAUGGCGGUCCUGCACAAACCUUGCCUUCAAAGAGGUCUGCAGAUCUGGGCCAGUGACACCCAGGCCAAGACAGACGAGCAGGUCACUUCCUGCAGACUCAGCGUGACGCUGCCCUCGGACUUGGGUCUCGGACUGGACAACACCAUCGUGUUCUGCAAGGUGACCUGGCCCAAUACUACACAGAUCACCCCCUCACAUGUUGUGUACCAGAACACACUUGUGGGUCUGAGCGUGAGCAACAAGAAGAUUUUCAACCUGCAGGUUCCUGUCAACAUCACCCUCAACCUCACUGACACUCUCCAAGAAAGUCAAACACCAAAAUGUGUCUUCUUGAAUUUUUCCACCAAGGCGUUCAUCAGCAGCGGCUGCAGGACGGUGUGGAGACGUGGAAACAGUCACGUGACCUGCUCCUGCAACCACCUCACCUACUUUGCUGUUCUCCUGGUGCCUGCGUCUCUCUCAGCCGCCCACCAGAGGGCGCUGUCGUCCAUCUCUGUGAUUGGCUGCAGUCUGUCGCUGCUCGGCCUGCUGAUGGCGAUCAUCAUCUUCCUCACAACCAGGAAGAUGCGCGAGGACGCGUCCAUGAAGGUGCACAUCAACCUGGCCGCCGCCCUCAUCCUGCUCAACGUGCACUUCCUGCCCUGCCAGGCGGGGGCAGCACUGUCCUCCAGGUCGCUCUGCGUCUACCUGGCUCUCUCGCUGCACUACUCCCUGCUGGCCACCUUCAGCUGGAUGGCGCUAGAGAGCCUUCACCUUUACCUGCUGCUGGUGCGCGUCUUCAACAUCUACACCCGCAGAUACCUGCUCAAACUAGGCCUGCUGGGAUGGAGUGAGUGGGCCAGCUCACUAACUGUGGGCCCUGAACAUUCAUCUGUCCUUUAA